AUGGCAACGAAGGAGCCUCGAGAGGCCGUGCCGUACCUUGUCACUCUUACCGUUACACGCGACGGGCGCACAAGAUACACCACCAUCUUCCUCGGCCCGCAAACAACCACCCCCUCGGGCUCGGAAUCUACAACACUUGAGCAGACGACGGCCACAAACCAAGUACCGAUGCCUACUACCGGUGGAGACAACACGGCUGUGACGGCGCUCAUUGUUUUUGGCGUCUUUCUCGCCGUUGGCCUGAUUUUGACGCUGUUAUGGUGGUGCUGCUUGCCCCGGCGCCGACGGCACCAGAGUACAACUACCUCGACAUCAAGCAGCAAUUCUGAGAGACAUAUCGAGGACGACUACCCGCCAUAUCCACCGUAUGCGCCACGUCAACCAUAUCCAACACAUGCUCGGCAUCCCCCAAACCCUCCGGUAUCGCCUCUGGAAUCCAUAGUCCCCGAUGGGUCUGACAGGAUUGGCAGAAUCUACGAUCCACACCAGAACGGUUAA